CAUGGACUGCCUCGCCGCCAAGCUUGUGGAGGACCUGCAGCCCAUGGCGGACUGGCUAACACUGAGCUACAAGCAACAGGGGGGCGAGUUUGAUCAGGCCUGGAGAGCCUUCAAUGCGGAUGAGCGACUGCAAAUCUACGAGAUGAGUAUCGAGGCCUGCGAAAACGAAUUGCCUGGACCAUACAAAUUUCUUUGGAGACAUGCACCUCUAUGGCCGGAUAUUGGUCUGGAAGCAAUUGUGCGAGGCACUCCGGAAACCCUCAUCAACAUAUUCAGGCAUCGAGCCUCGACGACGCCGGAGCAGCAGCUCCUAGAACGCUCUGCCACUGGCGCCAAUAGUGAUCUCGAGCUGGUCCAGGAGCUCCCUGAAAUUGAAGGCAUAGAAUCUAGCAUUCAAGUCGUGUCAGGGAUAGUCAGCGAUCCUCUCGAAGCUGCGCCUGGUCUAUGCCCUGGCAAUAUCCGCACGGCGUGCCACGGCAUGUUCGCAAACGCCAACCCCAAAUCCACAAUCGUGGCCAAAACCGUGGUCUAUAUGAGGCAAGCGGUCUUGUUUACAUGGCUGUAUGUCAUUUGGAGGCGAGUCCUUCCUGACCGCGAGCUCCAGCCGUCUGAGCCACCGGAUCUGCCCCUUGUGCUUCGUCCAAUCGUAGAAGACCCCUCGGAAGGGCUCCUCGUGGAUCUGAACGAGUCUUUUGAGGAUUUCAAAGCAUCCUUGAAAAGCGUGAAACGGGACUCGACUCAACUGAAAAGUCUCGUUGACAUGGCGGCUGAACAGGCGAGCUAUAACAGGCAACAUUGCUAUUUCUUGCGGUGCAACCCCAAGGCUUUGUGCGCGAUUGCAGGCUUCUAUACGAAAAGCAAAGCCGGCGUUGUAUCCGGAAAGGAAGUCUCUUCCCAUGGGAGUAAUCUGCACAACGACUGCAGUGUUGGCGUCUUGGAAGCUCUGCAGCGUGCUGCUAAGGUCGAUGCCGCUUGGACAUACAUUGUGAACCUCCUCAGCGAUCUGCGCAGAGACAUGCCGACAACGUAUCGGACCCAGCUGCUUCAGGAGCUGGCAAAUAUGUGCGACCUUACUUUCCGAGCAGACAAGGCGCUGGUCACCCGCCUCUUCCAGACAGGCCUCGGCAGGGCCUGGUUCGAGCGCGUCUCCGAUGUACCCGACAAAUUGGGCAACUACCGACACCGAAUGGUCGGGGACCCCAGGGCAGAGCUUAGUCCCAAUGACCCGAGACUAUGGCUUCUGAACGCCUGCGAAACGGGAGCAGACGCAUACCACGUCGCGUACUGGAUGCGAAAAUUCGUCGCACCAUCUGUAGAUGGCAUGCCAACAAAGAAUUCAACGCUGAGCGACCUGCCAUCACCGCUGCGCGCACUGGUUCAGCAUCUCUACGUCAGCGCCAGGCUUGAGGUAUCACUGCGCGCCUACAUCCCUAUGCCCUCGCCUUCCCGCAAAAAGGGACUUCUGUUCCUUUCGCGAUUUUAUGAGCUGGAAACCGAGUUUGUGGCUCUCGAGGCCAAGGCCAGCAAGAUGGCGUUUGCGAAGCCCUCAUACCGACUCAAUAAGCCAGAAGUUGCGAAGCAAGCCAUCAAUACGAUUGAGGGCCUGUACGCGGACAAGUACGGGACGUCUUUGGACGAUGUGUACUUUGAUCUGGUCGAGGAUUGCUUGUCCGCGCUGGCUACAGUGCAUUGGGAGGCUGUGGAGGGUAGCAAGCCGGCUGCUCCCAAGAAAACGGACAUCCAAGUCCAGGGCGAGGGAGAGAUACUCAGCCAGAAAGCGCCACCAGAAGAUGAGCACUGUCCGCAGGAGCUGCACCACGAAGCAGAGUCCGAAUGCCCAGCCAAACACAUGAACAACCCUCUUCAAAGCGAACAGCCCACACGCAUGCCCAGCAAGACAGCCGCGCAGCCUAUCCCACCUACCGGGCCCGAAUUGCAAAAGGGACCGUUCAUUCCAUGGCCUGGUAUAGAUGAGCCGACACGAGCGUUUGAUACUUCACCGCGACGAGAGAAGACGAAGACUCGACCUGCGCAGUCGACUUUGUCCACCCCCAACAGCGCUGAGACCAGGCCUUCGAAGCGUGAACUCGAUGAUGCGAGCGGCACCAAACCAGAGUCAACGCCUUGUAUCAAGAUCAGCGUCAGCGCAACAACCGCUAAAACGUUCACAGACAUCUUCUGCAAGGCUGUGCAUCGGCCUUCGGUGAGCUGGUCAGCAUUUGAAGCUGCUAUGACGGAACUAGGGUUCUCCGUCAUACCGAACGGCGGCUCGAUCUUGGCUUUCAUCCCGCCCGAGAGCAUGGGCCCUGUUCGAGCACUCAUCGCCCACAGGCCACACAAGGCACACAUGGAGGGACGCAAGACCCUGCAUAUCGCAAAGGAUUUGCGCAGACGCUAUGGGUGGACAGAAGAGACAUUUGACGUGAAGUAAAGUGUCAAGUAGAGGGAUGUGCUCUGAUGGGACUUGUUGAGCAUUGAAUUUGUGCGAGGAGUAAACUGGGCCAAUUCAUUCCCAGCAGUGAGUCGUGACGGUGUGGCAAUUCAGGGGCUCCGAAUCAAAACAUGCGAGUCGCCAGAGGCUCUGGACAGAGUCCAGACAGAUUGUCUCCGCUGUCCAGUCGGCAACCACACACUAUCUAAUCUUAAUCUUCAAUUGUAGGGUCUUCAGAUAUGAAUUAGGACUUUAAUUAAUUUCGAGAGUACUUGCGAACUACUUAUGAGCUUGUUAUUCCGCGCACCUUUUCCAUUGACCUCGGUCAUAGUGAUACAGCCGAGCAUCGGAAAGACGCCCCAUAUAUCCCGACCACCCGACCAAUCGCGACGCCAGGAUUACGAGGCUGAUCCCGACCACCAAAAGCCAAAAAAUCCCACCAAGUCCAAUCUUCCCCAGAA